AUGGAGCGAUAUUAUCAUAAAGUUUCUUCCAAGCAUCCAAAGCCAAGUUCAACAACUCCAGAUUCAACUGACUUGGGAGAAAGGACUAAUGAGUCCGAACAACAUCGACAAAAUGAAGGAAUUGAUCUAAAUUCCUUACCGAAAGAUCCUGGGGAAAGAUUAGCUAUUCGAAAGUAUCAUCCAAAUGACCAUGAUGCAACAAGGAGAUCAUGUAUUCAUCAAGAUGAAAACAUCAAUCAAGGUGGAGGAGAGGUAUUUUCAAGUAUAGGUUUUACAUGUUGGAAUAAGAAGAAAAGUUUUAACGAGCAUAUCGGUGGACCAAACAGUGCUCAUAAUCAGUCAAGAAGAAAUGCUAAAGAUUUGAUGAGACAAAAACAAUCCAUUCAAAGUGUACUUGCUAAACAAUCUGAUCAACAAAAGUUAGAAUACCAAACUCAUUUAGAAUCUGCAAUUGAUGUGAUAAGAUAUCGUUUGAACCAAGGAUUAUCAUUUCGGGGGCAUCGUGAAGACGAAUCAUCUUUUAAUAAAGGGAAGUGGUUAUCGGUUCUAGAUCUGAAGGCAAGGUUACUUGUGACGAGUGAAGACUUAAGAUAUUUGGCAGUUGUGGUCCUGGUGGGGGUAUUUUCGUUAAGUAAGCCUAAGAAGGAAGUAUACAAAAGAAGAAGACUAAGUGAUAUGACGAAGUUUAGUGAUCAACGACUAGUGAGAAAAGAAUUUCAGAGAUCGUUGUGCGAAGAACGACUUGAGGAGGAUGAAGGAAAGGUUAGCGGAAUCAGAGUAUUUACCGGUUUAGAGUGGGCUAUGAUUGCGUUUAUGUCUAAAGGUUUGUACUGUUUUGAUGAAUGUUUGUGGGACCUAUUGAUCGCUGAGUUAACUCUUGUUGCGAUUUCUAGAAGAUGUAAUGAAGUGCAAGAACUUUCAUCCUUGGUUUCUGAUAUAUUAAAUAUGGUUGCAGCUUUUUUCAAGCUUAGAGAUGAACUUCUUGAAUCUCAAGGAAAAGAAAUUGAAGAAGCAUUAUGUAAAGGCGAGCUUGAAACUAGUAGGGGCUUGAAUUAA